CUACAUAUGUCUGCUUCGGGCUUUUUUCGUGAGCGCAGCCAGCUCUGAGCUCUGUCCUGUUAUUUGCAAUAUCACCACCGCUGCGUAAAAAAAAAAACAGCCGCCGCGCACCGCUCGGAAAUGUAGUUAUUCUUGCGCACAAGGCGGUCACCAGAAAAUGGACCUUAAAUCAGAACUGCUCAAGUCGAUCUGGUACGCUUUCACAUCGCUGGACGUGGAAAGGUGCGGGAAGGUGUCCAAAUCCCAGUUAAAGGUUCUUUCCCACAACCUGUACACAGUUCUGAACAUCCCACAUGACCCGGUUGCCCUUGAGGAGCACUUCCAGGAUGAUGAUGAUGGGCCGGUAUCUAACCACGGCUACAUGCCCUACCUCAACAAAUAUAUACUGGAUAAGGUGAAAGAGGGGAUGUUCGACAAAGAGAAGUUUGACGACCUAUGCUGGAUGAUGACCAUGAAGAAGAACUUUAACAUGGCGUCGCAGAGAUCGCUGCUAUCAGAGAGAAACUGCUUUAAGCUAUUCUGUUUGUUCAACCUGCUUUCUGAGGACAGUUACCCACUGGUGAUGAUAACAGAGGAGGUAGAGUAUCUCCUCAAGAAAAUAUCCACAGCAAUGAGCCAGGAGUGGGAUGGGAAGCCCCUAGAAGACCUUAUAUCUCAGGAUCCCACUGUGCAGGAAGAAGGCAUGUCCGUGUGGACAUUCCUGGAGCACAUGAGUACGGGCCAGCUGCUGAGGGCCAUCAGUGCCGAGGCCUUCAGCUUGGCUUUGGAUGAGGUCUUCCUGGAGAUGUACCACAAUGUCCUCAAGAGGGGUUACAUGUGGAAAAAAGGGCACAUGCGCAGGAACUGGACCGAGCGUUGGUUCAUUCUGAGACCCUCCUCCAUAGCCUACUAUGUCAGCGAGGACUUAAAAGACAAGCGAGGGGACAUUCAGCUGGAUAAGAGCUGUGUAGUAGAGCCUGUUCCAGACAGGGAAGGAAAACGCUGCCUGUUCUGUGUGAAAACCCACAACAAAACCUACGAGAUGAGCGCUUCUGACCAGAGGCAGAAGGUGGAGUGGACUCAAGCCAUUCAAACAGCCCUCCGUCUCCAGCGUGAGGGUAAAUCCUCCUUUCACCAGGAACUCAAGCUGAAACGCCGCGUCCAGCGAGAACAGAGCAACCGGGAGCGCAGCCGGAGCACACGGAGCAGCUGCAGCAGCCGGAGCAGCCAGUCAGAUGACUCGAACUUUCAAGAAAUAGAGAGAAUGGAGAAAGAGAAGCAGGAUUUAGAAAUUGAAAGCAUCAUUCAGCAUGCCCGAGAGUUGGAAAUUCGCAGAAGGGAGGCUGAGGAGAGGGAGAGGAGGAAACAGAGGGAGGUGCAGAUGGACCUGGAAAGACAGCUGAAAGAGGCUGAGAUGAUGAGGGAUAGCAUGCAGGCCGAGAUCCAGGAGAAGGAAAGGAAGUCCGAACAGCAGAAGAAACGGAUCCAGGAGCUAGAGCUGACGCAGCAGAAGUUGGAAGCAGCUCUUAACAUGGAGAUCCAGGCUCGACUGGAGGAGGAGAGGGCCCGUCAGGAGCUGGAGAGGUUGCUGGAGGCUGAGGAGGAGAAGAAGAGGCAGUUUCAGAUCCUCCAGGAGCAGGAGAACAUCUUACAGAGCUUUAGCUCCACACGUGUAGCCUCAAACGGGACAGUAGAUGAGACCACCCAGUCGGCCCUCUACUCUGCCUCUCUGGAGCUUCGGAAUUUGCAGGCGUCUCGUCAGAGGAGCCAUCAGCGCCUUGAGGAGAUGCAGGAGAGGUUGAGAAAUGCCAGUCAGCACGUCCGGCACUGGAACGUACAGCUAAAUCGUCUGAUGACGCCUAUCACUCCUGCAGAGCGUUUGGAAAGUCGCCUCCAGUCGAAAAAUGCUUGUCCCAAAACAGAAGGAGCACUGGCCAGCAACGAGUUCAUCUGUAAAUACAAGAUCAGGAAUGAACAGGACAGCAGGAUACGGGGAGAUGAGUCUGAAAAGCUGGUGAUGCAGCUGGAGUCCACCUGCCUGUCAGAGGAAUCAGGAUGUUAGAGUUUUAAUCACAUUUCAACUGGAAUUUAUCUUAAGAUGGAGCAAUACUAUUAAUUACAUAACGUCUAUAAUAUAAAAACCUUUUGUUAAAAGCGGUAAGUUGGGAAAUUUCUGUACUCUAACAAAUAAGAGAAGGGUUCAGAUGAAUCACAGGGAAACCCCUUGGAAGGAUGUGAUCAUCAUUAUUUAAAAAAAAUCCACACUUUCUGUAAGGUGUGAAAGAUAAAAUGUUCUUCAGGCAGAAAGCAUUGAAUCCUAUUUAUAUAUGGAGCUGUGUGCAAAGAUGGAAAGUAUUAAUAACAUAAGAACCCAUCUGAUUGGCACCCAGUAAGAAUAACAGUUUUGUACAAUAAAUUGUCUGGUGGAACCAAAAAAGACUGUGUCCUGUUUGUCAUUUCAGUUAAAAGUCUGAAUCUGUUUUUGCUGGUUUUCUUUUGCUCUUUGUCAUUUGGUGGUCGAAGAAACAGGAAAUUAUGUGAUGCAUGUGCUUUACUACCUUGCUUUGUAACAAUAUUUUUGUAGUUGAAAAACAAGAUUACAUAUCGAGGUACUUAUAGUGUGCAAAAGUUUAAUUAUUGUUCAAAGACUAGAAGGCUGGUUCAAAGAAUGAACAAAGAACAUUUUUACAACAAUCUUGUUUUUUCACAAAAUGUAGUUUCUUAAAUCUGUUAAAAGCAUAUUAAUGUUUGGCAUAAAUUUGAUGUGUAUCUCAAUAAAAACCUUGGAAAUUA